CAAAGAAUAUAUGCGAAUCCCAAAUUUGCCUCGUUUGGGUCGGCUCAUUGAAGUUUCGCCUUUGAAACUGCACAGAAACAAAAGCGCCAGCCACACUGUACUUUCUACUGUAAAUAUAUUCCGUUCAUAUCCACUUCUGCGUCUGCCACUUAAAAUAAUCAAAAUAAAUAUAAUAAAAAUAAAGUAAUUAAUUAUUUUUAGGCAGGCAUCUAAACCAAAGAGAAAUUUUUUUUUUUUUAAAAAAAACCUACCAGACCCUUAGCACACCGAGAAGGCGACACACCUUCUUCUAUUUCCUCCCGAUUUCCAUAGCAUUAUCGAACUUUCUUCAAUCCCUCUGUCUCUCUGGACCUUUCGCGUCUUUGUGCGUUGUUAUUCAAAAUCGAGUUUAGAUCUGUUUAUUAGUUCCAUGAAAUUCCGUGUUUGACGUUCUUCGUUGAAUCUCCGAAACAGUUUUCCUACCCGUCAACGAAUUAGGGUUCUGAUUGGUUCUCCGUUUUGUCCGUCUUUUUGUUUUUCUCAAAAUCGCAUCUGCAAAAAAAAAAAAAAAAGAAGAAAAAUCUUCUUAAACUUUUCAUUUUUCAAAUUUCCCUGAUUUCGCUUGCGAUUUAUGUUCUAAUCUAAAUUUCAUUACCUUAUAAUUUGCUAAAUUGGUUUGAUCCCCAUUUCGGUGGCUUGAAUUUGUAUCGAUUUUUGGGUUGAAUCCAAGCUUGCGUGUUUCUGGUGUCGUUUUUGGGGUUUGUUAAUUGCUAAAACCGAUGGAUACUCGGAGCCCUAACGGAUCUUUGCGGCAGCAAUCACAGCGUCCGAAGAAUUAUGGAAUCACGAAACCAAUAUCCCUCGCCGGGCCUAGUGAGGCUGAUAUUCAACGGAAUACGGAAUUAGAGAAGUUUUUAAUAGAGUUGGGGCUUUACGAGAGCAAAGAAGAAGCCGCGAAAAGAGAGGAGGUUCUUGGCCAUAUCGCAGCGAUUGUAAAAAGUUGGGUAAAGCAAUUAACUCGUAAAAGGGGCUACACCGAUCAGAUGGUGGAGGAAGCAAAUGCUGUCAUUUUCACUUUUGGAUCUUACCGUUUAGGGGUGCACGGACCUGCAGCUGACAUAGACACUUUGUGUGUUGGGCCAUCCUAUGUGAACCGAGAGGAAGAUUUCUUCAUCAUUUUGCAUGAUAUUUUGGCUGAAAUGAAAGAAGUCACUGAACUUCAACCAGUUCCAGAUGCGCACGUCCCAGUAAUGAAAUUUAAGUUCCAAGGAAUAUCAAUUGAUCUUCUUUAUGCAAGUAUAUCUCUUUUGGUUGUUCCUGAUGACCUUGACAUCUCACAUGGGUCUGUGCUGCAUGAUGUUGAUGAGCAAACUGUUCGAAGUCUUAAUGGGUGCAGGGUUGCUGAUCAAAUCCUUAAACUUGUUCCAAAUGUUGAGAACUUCCGCAUGACGCUUAGAUGUUUGAAAUUCUGGGCUAAAAGACGUGGCGUUUAUUCCAAUGUUACUGGAUUCCUAGGAGGUGUAAAUUGGGCUCUUCUAGUUGCACGUGUGUGUCAGCUUUAUCCCAACGCAAUACCUAGUAUGCUGGUUUCUCGAUUUUUUAGAGUAUAUACUCAGUGGAGGUGGCCAAAUCCUGUUAUGUUGUGUUCAAUAGAAGAGGAUGAACUUGGCUUUCCUGUCUGGGAUCCUCGAAAGAAUCCUCGGGACCGGUUUCAUCAUAUGCCAAUAAUAACUCCUGCAUACCCUUGCAUGAAUUCCAGUUACAAUGUCUCUAUAAGCACUCUUCGUGUUAUGAUGGAACAAUUCCAAUGUGGUAAUAAAAUAUGUGAGGAGAUUGAGCUAAACAAAGCUCAAUGGAAUGCUUUGUUUGAUUCUUAUCUUUUCUUUGAGGCAUACAAAAACUACCUACAAGUUGACAUAGUUUCAGCAGAUGCAGAUGAUUUGCUGGCAUGGAAAGGCUGGGUGGAGUCACGUCUUAGACAGCUUACCUUGAAGAUAGAGCGGGACACAAAUGGAAUGUUGCAGUGUCAUCCUUAUCCUAAUGAGUAUGUAGAUGCAUCCAAGCAAUUCCCACAUUGUGCUUUCUUCAUGGGCUUGCAGAGGAAAGAGGGAGUGAGUGGUCAAGAAAGUCAACAAUUUGACAUACGGGGAACAGUUGAUGAGUUCAGACAAGAGAUAAGCAUGUCCAUGUAUUGGAAACCAGGAAUGGAUAUUUAUGUUUCUCAUGUUCGUAGGAGGCAGCUCCCUGCCUUUAUUUUCCCUGAUGGGUAUAGACGACCUCGAUCAUCAAGGCAUCCAAGCCAGCCUACUGGAAAAACUUGUGAAGGUGUCACAAGGUCCCACUCAGGGUCUGCAGAAAGACCAAUCAAGAGAAAACAUGAUGAGACAGUGGAUGAAAAACCGGACAAACCUGAGAAACGGGCCUUUAUUAGCCCCCAGAGGCUAGAGUCUGGUUCUCCAGAAAGUAGUACAAGUAGGUCUGGUGGAACAUCUUAUAUCAGCAAUGGUCAAGCAGUUAAACUAGAGCGUCUGAGAACUGGGGAUGUUGAUAACAAUUCUAUUGAGAGGCUGUCUAGUUGGCCGUUAGACGGUGAAAAAAGGAAUGUGGAGAUUAAUUUUCAGCAGGCUAGAACUGUUGAUCGAGGGUCCGUCUCCACAUGUGGGCAGACUUCUUUAGAUAUAGAUAAUUUGUCAGUAGUUAGAAAUGUAGAGUCAGCUGAACAGAUAGGCGAACCUGCUCUUAGGCAGGAGUUGCUUUCUCCAUGUGAAGUUCCUGAUUCCAAAAUAAGGGAAACAUGCAAGACUGGCUUGAAUCAAGAGAAAACUGGCGAUUUGGCUUCAGCUUACAUUAAUGAGCCAGAUACUGGAUCUUCUAGGAGAAUUUUAAACUGGAAAGGUGGUGUUGGUGUCGAUCAAGAGGUGGUCAAACCAUGUAAUCAAACAGCAGUAGUAGAAAUUGCUGAAAGUGUAUUUGGGUCAAGUUCCAAUGUGCAGAACCUCAAUUGCGAGGGUGGUGUCUGCAGAGCAAAUUUCGAUUCAGUUCUGGAAAAUGGACAUCUGAAUGCAAGUGGUGUUUUCCAAAACAGCUUGUCUGAAGAAUUAAAGCCAAAGAUCGCAGUUGGUAAGGUUGUAAAUUCUCAAGAUGGAGCUAGGUCAGAAAUUCAGAAGCCAGUGAUGAGGAGUAAGGCCAGCUCCUCGGUAAGUAUCCCAUUAAAUGCUGGCUUACAGUAUGGUUUUACAGGUAUACUGAGUGCGACUGGAGUAGCAACAUAUUUGGCGACGAAAGGGAGAGCUGGGUUGUUUGGCUUAUACUUUUGGUGUGAUUUGCUGUGUGGCUUUAGCUUGGAGGAUCCAAGAAGCUAUAACAGUGCUGUGCUAGUGGAGUUGGGGAUACUGGAAACUCUAAGUUUGGAAAAAGAGAUUGAUUGGAAACGAGAGAAUCUAAUGCCAAAGUAUGUGCAAUUAGGCUACAAGAUAAGUGGCAAUGGCACUGCAAACAAGUGGAGUUAUGUCAAAGUCGCUUCCCACUUUGUAGGCUUCAUGACCUUUCUGAGGGCAACAGCAGCGAAGGACGCGCAAAACUUCCUUCGCUGA